GUCAAAGUAAAUGCAUGGUUCACUUAACUGUAUUAUUAUAUCGAAAAGCAGGAUAAUAUUCCUUGUUUUAGACAAAUUACAUGUCUAGCUUAUAGGAACAGCGUCAGCUAUCAAUUUUGUCAUAUCCCCGAUUUAACAAUGUCGGGGAAGAAAUGCAAGCACUGUGGCUCUUCGGAGAUAGAAGUAGAUCCCGCUCGAGGUGAUGCAGUGUGUACAAACUGCGGAACUGUGUUGGAAGACAACAUUAUAGUAGCCGAGGUAGAGUUCCAAGAAAAUGCUCAUGGAGGAGCGUCAGCUAUCGGCCAGUUUGUGUCUGCUGAGUCCAAAGGAGGCGCAACUGGUUUUGGAGGAGCUUUCAAUGCGGGCAUUGGGCAAGAAUCCAGAGAAGUAACCUUACGGAAAGCCAGAGACGGCAUCACAGCGCUCUGUCAGCAACUGCGACUCAACCAGCAAUGUAUAGAUAUAGCUUGCAACUUUUUCAAGAUGGCUCUGUCCCGGCAUCUGACCAUUGGGCGGCCGGCGAGCCACACGCAGGCCGCUUGCGUGUAUAUGACGUGUAGAACUGAGGGCACAGCUCACCUCCUAAUCGACAUCAGCGACGCUCUGCAAAUUUGCUGCUACCAGCUCGGCCGCACCUACUUCCGGCUCUCUCGCGCUCUGUGCAUCAACAUUCCACCUACUGACCCAUGCCUCUACAUCCUGCGGUUCUCCUCACAGCUGCAGUUCGAAGACAAGUCUCACGAAGUGAGCAUGACAGCUCUUCGGCUGGUUCAGAGGAUGAAGCGCGACUCCAUACAUUCAGGGAGGCGGCCGUCCGGUAUCUGCGGUGCUGCCCUCCUGAUCGCCGCUCGUCUCCACAACUUCUCCCGUACGCCAGCCGACGUGGUCCGAAUAGUGAAAGUCCAUGAAUCAACAUUGCGCAAGAGACUCCUCGAGUUUGGCGACACUCCGUCAAGUGCGCUGACGCUUGAGGAGUUCAUGACAGUGGACCUUGAGGAGGAGCAGGAUCCACCGGCGUUCAGAGCGGCUAGGAAGAAAGAUAGAGAGCGGUUACAAAAGUUAAUGGAAGAAGAGGACGGCGAGAAGGAAAUGACUGACCUGCAGAAAGAGAUAGACGCACAGCUAGAAAAGGACAACUCGAGAAGAAAGAAGGCAGCAGCUUCGGCAGCGACACCCUCAACUCCCCUGUCAUUAUUAAGCGAUGAUGGCACGUCAGAAGACGCCGAAGCGUCCCGGUUCGCCGCGGAAGACACGUUAAAUCUCCUCGGUGAAAUCGCCAGCGAGGUGCAACCGAAAACAGAGGCGUCGCAGAAGCAGGAGAAACUCAAGCUGGAAAAAGGACUAGGUCCAGACUUGGCAGUAAUAGGUCUAGGUAAUAGGCCUGACCAGCCCGAAGAGAAAGACAAGUUCCUAAAACCGGAACCGAAGCCCCAGUUCGGCGCGGACCUGGUCGCUGAUGAACUUAUACUAGCCCCCAGUGACGAAGAUUAUGUUAGCUCGCUUAUUAUGAGCGAGGAGGAGGCGAGGCAUAAGACGCAGCUGUGGAAUAAGAUCAAUGCGGGGUACUUGAGAGAUCAGAAAAUCAAAGAAGAAAUGCGAGCCAGAGAAAAGGAGGAAGGCAAAGACAAAAAGAAGAAAGUCCGCGGCUCAUACAAGAAGAAGACUCCUUGCAACGCCGCCACGGCCGGCGAGGCCAUUGAGAAGAUGUUGGCCGAGAAGAGAAUCAGUAUGAAGAUCAACUACAAUAUAUUGAAGACGCUAGAUCAUCCGGGGGCUCCGAUGUCGCCUGUUAGAGAGGCUGCUACCCCUGUUCCUGAAUCAAAACCCCCCACACCCGCUGCAGUAGUACCAGCCUCGCCCGUACCCAAGAAGCGCAAGAAGAAGGCUCCCCCCGCUACGCUCAACAUCGCCAGCCCCGCCCCCUCCCCCGCCACCCCCGCCCCGGCCACGCCCGCGUCGGCCACACCGGCUGCUACAGAUGCAGGCGACGAUUAUGACGAAGAUGUAGAAGCGGAGCCCACCGCCGCAGCAGAAGAACUGUCUUUAGGCGCCCUACUCCAAAAUGGACAGGACGACGACUAUUAUGACUACGAGGAAUACUAAAUAACCACAGGAUAUAACGAAAAUAGUGGGGAUCCAUUUAAGGGCAUAUUUGGUAUCGUGUUCUAAUUAAAAAAAGUAUAAGAAUUUUUUUUUCACGUGAAUAUUUUUUUUUCUAUAGGGCAAGUCGUCCAAGUCAGCCUCCAUACAAAGAAAGACCAAAAAUCAGUAGAAGAAAAAGAAAUAUAAAAAAUACUACCUUAAACGGAUGCCCACUACCGCAACAAGUAAUUUGCACUUCUUUACGCCUCUUUAAUAUUCCUUUGUAUAUGGAAAAGGUAUACAUUAUUAGUAGGUUCGCAAUGUACUAGACUAGACCAUAAUUACCCCUUUUUUUUUUGUCGCAGGGGAAAUGCGAUUAUGCAUUCACCCCCGGGCUGGGGACGCCCAUUGGGGGGUGAUAUGUGGGACUCGCUCCUCCCGUAACUCCCUCUGCUAGUCAGAGGGAGGGGAGAAGAAUACCCACUAAAACCCCUGCGGCGUUUCCGUCUAUGCCGUAAGGGGGGUGCAACGGGGUCGCAAGCACGUCACCACGACACCCCCCCGACUAGACCAUAAUUACCCUAGGAACGUCACUUUUUAGGAAUUGAUCAUAUUGGAAGCUUAUAUCAGGUAAACUUUUAAUAAUAAUUAGGUAGGGAUGAGAUGGUGGAGUGAAAUAAGGUCUCCUGAUAUUAGCUUUAUUUUAGUUGUAGAUAGAUUAUGUAUGAAGGACUGAAUUUAUUAAUUUAUUACAUUUAGUUUGUAAAAUGUAAACUAUGUUAAAACUUAGAAAGUUUUAGAAAUAAAACAAUAAAACGACGAAUUGAGAGUUGUCUGUGAAAGUUGUCUGUAGUUCACCCAGAAAUCUUCAUAUUUUACCUUUUGUGCUUCCCAUCCCACCCCCUUAGUGAUUUUGAUUGUACUCUAUCCCUAUCGUGAUCAUAUGUGAUAUUUUUCCGUCUCACUCUGCCAUAGGCGGACCCCGGGUCCUCGCGCCCCGCGCGGGGCACAGCCGGGAUUGACCCCAGGAUAAUGAUGAUGAUGACUCUGCCAUAAAGUAAAUUGAUUUCUGGAUGCACCUUGCUACCUGCGGUGGGAUCCUGUUGAUAGGUAACUAUAAUCAGUACCGUCUUUACCAUAAGGGCACACGGGCCCCGUGCCCAGGUCCCCCAUCCUCAGGGGGCCCCGAAGGACAGAUAAUAACAGUAUAUACUUGAUUACCAAUAAUAAAUAGAAGAUCAUAGUAAAAAAAUGUUACUUGAAUUCGCUUUCUUUACUUUCCAAAAGGGCCCCAAAUUCCUGUGUCCAAAGGCCCCAGUAUAGUUUAACCCCCUUAUUCAUAAACGUUUACUAAAGUU